AUGACGCACUCUCAACCGAAUGGGUUAGCUGUGCCAGAUGCUAGCAUGCAUCCUGUCAAAUCAACCUCAGAUGUGAUACAAUUAAUGGGUUUGGGACUUAAGAACAGAGUUGUUAGUGCCACUGCCCUAAAUGAAAGAAGCAGUCGCUCCCAUAGUGUUGUUACUGUUCAUGUACGUGGGACGGAUUUGAAGACUGGUUCUGCUUUGAUUGGUAAUCUUCAUCUUGUAGAUCUCGCGGGAAGCGAAAGAGUGGACCGCUCAGAGGUAAUUGGAGAUAGGCUAAAGGAAGCACAACAUAUAAACAAAUCUCUAUCUGCACUUGGAGAUGUCAUAUUUGCUCUUUCACAAAAGAGCACUCAUGUACCAUACAGAAAUAGCAAGCUUACUCAAGUCCUUCAAAGUUCUCUCGGUGGGCAAGCAAAAACACUUAUGUUUGUGCAGCUUAAUCCAGAAACAAGUUCAUAUUCUGAAAGUUUAAGUACUCUAAAGUUUGCUGAGAGGGCUGCUGGAGUUGAGCUGGGGGCUGCACGAAGCAACAAAGAGGGCAGGGAUGUUAGAGAAUUAAUGGAACAGGUGGCAUCUCUCAAAGACACUAUUGCUAAGAAGGAUGGCGAGAUCGAACGGUUGCUAAAAAACGAUGUCCACGGUGAGAAGCGUGGGACAGGCUCAUUUAGUCAUAAGCAUUCUGAAGCUGAGCUCCAGAAGUCCAUGCAUGACAUUAAACACCAAAAUGAUUUUCUCCGGCAAUCAAAGGUUGCCGGAGGUGAUAUAGGUCAGCAUAAACAUGCAGAUGCUGAGAUGUUAGCAUUUGGAGAUGCAGAUAGUGAGGAGAAAUUAAGUGACAUGUCUGACGGUGGUCUUUCUGCUGGAACAGAAACUGACGGCUCUGCAGACAGCAUGAAUUACCCUGAAAGUGCAAAAUCUGAUAACUCGGAAAGGCCUAAAAGGCUUAGUAGGAUUCCGCGACCGUCACUAAAACCAGGACAAACUUCAACAUCUCCAGCAUCAGGAUCAAAGAGCUCUCCCAGGGUACCACCAGCUGCCGGAACAGGGAAUGAUCUGGCUAGAGUUUUGUCAUUGGGGGGGGGAGGUGGUUUGGGCCCAGUGGAGAGACAAGUAGGCCUUUGCACAGUUUUGCACCACAUAGAGCAUGCUGCCAUUAUCACUGAUGUUGUUGAGAAUGCCGAGACCAACCAUUGUAGUAAGUGCUGUGCAGAAGCGAGCUCUUCUUCAAGAAAUGGCGCUUAUGCUGACUUAGAUUAG